UAUUUGGCUGUGGCAACGCUGAAUUUUGUGUAUUUGUGUGUGAUAAAAGUGAUACAAACGUGUUGGCUUGGUGUUCGAUUGUUGUUAGUUCAGUUGUUAUAUUAUUUAUUAUUAAGUAUAAAUUAUAUAAGUGUUAAUAUAAAUAAUUAAAAAUGUCAUUUGGUGGUGGAUUUGGUACAGCAGCUCCUGCAGCCCAAACUUCUUUUGCUUUUCCGGCAGCAAACACAAGUACAGCUGCAGCUAUUAAACCUGCAUUUGGAUCAACAUCAUUUGGCUUUAAUACACCAGCUACACAAUCAACAGGUUUUGGUGCAGCACCAGCAUUUGGUGGAGCAUCAACUGGAACUGGUUUUGGCAGUACAACAACAGCAACAAAUACAUUUAGUAAUACUGGAACAUUUGGUUUUGGUGGUAAUACAUCAACAACAGGUGGUUUUGGUACAUUAGCAGCACCAGCAACAUCAACACCAUUUAAUUUUAAUUCAACAUUUGGAACAAAUACAACAACUCCAGCAACACAAGCUCCUUCACUUUUUGGUGGUCAACCAUCUGCAUUUGGAACAAAUACUGCUCCAACAUUUAAUGCAUUUGGUGCAAAACCAGCAACAACAUUAGCAAGCAACAAUACAUUUGGAGGUUUUGGUACAAAUUUAUCAACUGGAUUAAAUUUUGGUGGUGGUUUUGGUCAACAACAACAACAACAGCAGCAACAGCAACAACAACAGCAACAACAACCAACAAAUACAAUUUCCGAGGCAUUAUACAAUGCUGUAUUUAAUUGUCAAAUAUUUAAUGAUGAAAGAGACAACACAAUUGCCAGAUGGAAUCUUAUACAGGCACUUUGGGGCACUGGACAAGCACAUUAUUCAAGUAAUGCACCACCAAUUGAACUCAAUCAAGAAAAUCCAUUAUGUCGUUUUAAAGCAAUUGGUUAUAGUCAAAUGCCAAAUGCUGAUAAUAAUGAUGGACUUGUUGUAUUAUGUUUUAAUAAAAAAGAACAAGAAAUAAAAGAUGGUAAACAACAAUUAAUAAAUUCAUUACAUCAAAUACUUGGAAGUAAACAAUCAUUAACAGUAACAAUUGAUACAAUAAAAUUACAAAAUGAAUCAAAAUGUCAAAUAACAAUAUUUGUAUCAGAAAAAGGUGUUACUGGUUCAUUAAGAAAAAUACCAGCAAAUGAAUUAGUUGUAUAUUUAUCACAAGCUGUACAAAAAGGACAAUUAACACAAAUGGGAGUUGAAAAUAUGUUUGCACAAGUUAAACUUGAUCCAUCACAAUUAAAAGAAUAUCUUGAUAAUCCACCAUGUUCAAUUGAUCCAAGAUUAUGGAAACAAGCACAAUUAGAUAAUCCAAAUCCUGAUACAUAUAUACCAGUACCAAUGAUUGGUUUUCAACAAGUUAAAUAUAGAUUAAAAUGUCAAGAAGAAGAAACAACAAGACAUCGUGCAUUUUUAGAUAUGGCUGCUGAAAGAAUACAAGGACUCCAAAGACAACAUACUGCUACUCAAGCUAGACUAAAAGAGCAUCGUAGAAGUUUACUUGAACUUCAACAUCGUGUACUUCAAAUUUUAGUUCAUCAAGAAAUAACGAGAAAAGUUGGAUUAUCAUUACAACCAGAAGAAGAAAUUUUGACAAAUAGAUUUGAAACAAUGCACUCACAAAUAAGCCAACCAACACAAUUCAAAGGAAGAAUUAGUGAGAUGUUAUCACAAUUAAGAAUGAGACGACAUGUUGACAUGCAAAGUCAAGAGAGAUAUACCAUGGAUCCAAUUGCCCAAGAUGACAUUAAAACUUAUUUGGGAAUGCAACAGCAAGGAAUGGCCCAACUCAUUGAAACAAUUCACUCAGAUAUGGAAAGUUUAAAAAUAAUCAAAGAUGGAAUGUCAGAUCUACUCUCAGGCCACUCAAUAUCCUGAGGUUUCAUUUUUUUUUUAAAUUAUUUAUUUUUUUAGUUUUAUUAAAAAAAUAAAGUGCGAUUAUUUAUAAUAAUUAAAAAGAAAAAAAAAAAAACGCAAUAUCAAAUUUAUUAUUGAUUUUUUUAUAAUUAUUUUUUUAAUCGCGCGUUUUUUCAUUGUCGGUAACAAAGAAAAUAAUGAUAACAAUAUGUAAUGGCGUCAUGUGGCGUUUUGAUUGGUGCAAAUUGGUGAUGAAGGGUUGACCGCCAUUUGCAUAUUCGACGUGCAAAUUUUGCCGGAUUGCUCCAAUUAGCCGCCAUUACAGUUUGAUCAACUUGAAGAAAGAACGCCACAUCGUCAUCAAACUUAAUCCUUUUUAAUCGCUAAUUAAUAUUUACUAAUCAAUUAUAAAAAUACGAUAUUAUUGAAGCUUAAUUAACAAAGAACACGUUUGCGUCUAAAUAUUUAUUAAUUAAAGUGAAUUAUAUUAUUAUUUUUAACUCCAAAAAAAAACGCCGGGUUGAGAUUUUUUUUUUCCAAAUUUUGUGUGUCUAUUUUAGAUUCACGUAACGUAUUUAUUAUUAUUUUUUUUCCAAUAAUAAUUAUAAAUUCAUACUCAAAAUAAUUAUUAUGAUUUAAUGAGUAAUGAAUAAUUAUAUUUUAUCAUGUUUUUUUAAUUGAUGUUGAGCCUUUUUAUGAGUGUAUGCGCAUUGGCAUUACAUAUCUUGAAUUGGUAAAUGGCGUCAUUUGGGUUUUUAUUUUAUUUUCAUUAUUAUUUAAUGCAUAACAAAUUAAUAAUAUUUACUAAUUGUUUUUUGAUUUAUUUAUUAUUUUUAGUAGUAUUGUCACAGUAUCCUGAAAUAUUUAAUACGAGAAAAAUGAAUGCUGAUGUUAGCCAUUGCUGUGUGUAUUGUCUAUGUUGGUCUGUGUGACCUGUUUGACCUUUUUGUCGUCGAAUGUAUGUAUUAUUAUUUUGCCUAUGUGUGUUUUAUUAAUAUUUAUUAUUUUAUUCUUAUCAUUUUAUAAAUAUUUAUCAUGAGUUUUCAUGACUUUUUGUCAAUUAAUUUGAUGAAAAAAAAAGCGGCGUCGGUUUUGGGUCUGUGUGACCGGCAUCUUUGCGUGUAUGCGCGCACACACACACAUCAAUACUUACACAUACGUUAACUGGUAUAAACUGGUGUACAUAAACGACAAAUACAUAGUUUAGUUGGAUUUUAUAAAUUUUGCUUUUAUAAAUCAACAACUACAACUAUUUGACUGAAAAAAUUAAUAAUUAAUACCCAUUUUUUUGAGGCCACUUCUCAUCCUCAUAAUUAUUCAACAUAAAACACAAAAAUAAAGACAAUAAUAUUUUUUUUUUUCUAUAAAUAAUGUAUAUUUUAUUACGUGAAGUCGUUUAAACUUCAUUUAACAGUUUUUAAUUUUUA